AUGCAGGUGAAACUCAUACUAAUGGCAUUGUGUGCAGUGGUGUCCUCUUUCAAACAACCACUGAGCACUGAGCUGGAUGGCAUCUGGGAGGAGUGGAAAACCCAACACGGCAAACAGUAUGCCAAGGUUACUUAGAGCCUAUGGCAAACACAGUAUGCCAAUCAUUUUAGUUAAUCCUAACUUUCACUUAAAGAUGCAAUAUGCAGAAAUCGCUCCAUAAUUUCCUGGUUGCUAUAAUUCUAAUAGUUUGCCUAACUUCACUUCAUGUGACAAAACAAGCAAGUAUAGUGUAGAGAAUCAUUGUACCAUCUAAACCUCUAUGAAAUAUAUUUUCCAUAACCCAAAAUAUGUUUAUAUAAAGCUGUUUGAAGCUGGUGUACAAAACCAAAAGUAGAAGACGCAAAAACGAAACGUAAGAAUGGGAGGCAUAGAAAUAGUGCACAUUGAUCUACCGCUUCUUAGACUUACUUUCAAUGAGAAUGACAGAUCUAUAACACACAUUUCUAUGUGAAUUUGGUCAGGUGGCCCAAAAAGUUACAUAUUGCACUUUAAAGUCAAAUAUUGUGCCCAGCUAGCACAUAAUGUUCUGAGAACCAUAUGUUUCUUAGAGCUUGGUGAAAGCGUGGUUGUCCUAUGGUUAUUUUGCACACAACCUUCCCACAACGUUCUGGGAAUGGUACAGGAUAGUUGCUUGGCUUUGAAACAUUCUCAGCACAUUUAAGGAACUUGACAAAAUAACUUUAUUUUCUUGGUAUUUCAUUACUUUAACAGAACGUUUCCUAAAAGUUCAAACAUGGUUACAUUUUAUUGAAUUUUUGGUAAUGUUCUAGGAACGUUCUCCAACUGGUUUGUUAUUGGGAAUGUUCUCAAAUAGUUUAGAGAAGGUUAAGAAACAAUGUUCUUCUGUGGGAAUUUCAGUACUUCAACAUAACGUUUCCUACAGGUUUCCUCAUGGCUCUUUUAAAGUAAUGUUCUCAAAUUGUUCCGAGAACGUUAAGAAACAACGUUCUUCUGUGGGAAUUUCAGUGCUUCAGCAUUACGUUUCCUACCGGUUUCCUCAUGGUUCUAUUUAAAGUAAUGUUCUCAAAUCGUUCUGAGAAUGUUAAGAAACAUACUUCUAUUGGAAUUUCAGUACUUCAGCAUAUCGUUUCCUACAGAUUUCCUCAUAGUUCUAUUUAAAGUGUUCUCAGAACAUUAAGGUUCUCAGAACAUUAAGAAAAUGUUCCAUAAAAAACACAAGAAAACUGUAGUAACGUUCAAAGAAUGUUCUAAGAAUGCUAUUUAAAAACAUAUACAUUCCGUUCUCAGCGUCAGCAAAACUCUCUCCAUCCUCUAUCUUGUUAAGUGUGUUCCACACCUGAUCUUAAUGAGUGCUUGUUUCCUUUGAAAUAGGGUCUGUCUGAACAGACUAAAAUGAACAGCUUUGUAUGAAUAAAAAAAAACAUGGCAUGCUUGCUCCAUCCUGGUGGCGCAGUGGACUAAUUCAAUGGAUAGAGACUAGAAAUCAUAGGUUUGAAUCACACUGAUGCCGAGUCACAAUACAAAAUAAAUGUGUUUGCACGAUUAAUGCCUAAGCAAAUACAUUUCCAUGUGUCCUCUCCUUGCUUGGAGUUCAAAACAGUUAACCCAAACUAAGCUAGCCGUCUUAUUGAAACAUUCAGUGAAAGUUUUAAGGAAAUUAUUUAAAAAACUCCAAAUAACUUUGACAUUUUGUUCAAAACAUUCACAACGUUAUUUAAUUACCUUCAAAUAACCUAGAAUUUCCGUUCUCAGAACGUUAAUAAAACUUCCCAGGAAAACAUUCAGGGAACCAUAGUAAAAUGUUCUCAGAACCUCUCUGCAACCAAUAAAUUAACAUUCCCAGAACAGGCAACAUUUUCACUUCUGUUCAGUUUUACCGGUCAGGAAACGAAUGCCUUCAUGCCCAUAACCAAUGUGAAACCAAAAUGUACGUUCCCACAACUUCCAAGGAACCAAGUGUGCUAGCUGGGUGAAAAUGUGACUUAAGUGGAAGUUUAGGAUGUGUUAAGAUUUGCCCCAUAGAGAUUAAUCAUGACGUCAAUAACUUGUGGGGCCUUUGGCUUAUCUUUCUCAGGUGGACGAGGGCUUCAGAAGGAUGAUCUGGGAGACAAACCAAGGCCUCAUCCGUCAACACAACCUGGAGGCAGAAAUGGGCAAGCACACCUUCACCCUGGGAAUGAACCAGUUUGGAGACAUGGUAAGUCAAGCCACAAUUGUAAUUGGGCCAGCAAUUGGAUGAGCAUGAAACAUGAAUUUAAGAAAUAUAAAUAGGAAAGAGAGCAGCUUUUACAGAAUGUUUUAUUAAGUCCCAGAUAAAGGGGAAGUUCAGUAUUUUACAACUUAAUAUUAAAGAAGAGCUGAACCAAAUAAACAACUUCUCUGGUUGAAAACGGCCUAUGUGUCAUCAAUAGUAGUCAUAAACAUAAAUUCUAGUGCCAAAAUGGAUUAAAAAGUGUAAGUAGGAUAACUUUCGUCAUAAAGUCAGUAUUUUCCAAAACUGAGUUAUGUGAGAUUUAACAUAACUUGAAAUGUUAUCACUACAGAGGUACAUAUUAGGCCUACCUGUUUCUCCCAUUGAAGACAUUAGAUGUCAGUUCGCUCCAGCAAGACACAAAACAUAUAUGACUAGGCAAUAUUGUGGGAAGUACUGUAUAUGCUGUAUUGUAGUAAUGAAUGACACCCCCUGCCCCAAUUUGUCUAGACCACAGAGAUACAGUACAAUGCAGAUAUAUCUACACAUUCAUUGUUUUAUACAAUAUUUAAUCAAUUUCUAGAAUAAAAAUUUUCCUGACUAAGAUCGCGAUCCAAUAGGAUGCCGAACCAUUCUAGUGUUCUAUUUAAUUCUGUAUUCCAGACAAAUAAAGAGUACAACACCUUGCUGACAGUUAAUGCUGCUGAGGAGGAGAAAAGCCUGGAUGGGAUCCCCCUCUCUGAGUGGAACAGCAGUCUCUCAGCAGCUCCCGAGACGUGGGACUGGCGUCAAUAUGGAUAUGUGACUCCAGUGAAGAGCCAGGUUGAAGAGCAGCCUCUUUCAUUUGUUCUCUCUCACUUUGGGGGCGAAUCCUAACUUCUACUUAAGUCGAAGUUUCACUUAGUCUCCCAUUGACAUCAUGCAUGACUAAGUAAAAAUGUGACUUAACUGGAAGUUAGGAUUCUCCCCUUCAUUUUUCUGUUAUUGUACAGAUUGACACUGAUAUAGAAAGGAUUAAAGGAGUGGGUAGUCUAGGUGCCACUUAUUAGACAUGACAUGAAAAGCCACUUUCUAUGCAUUUAGAAAGGUGAGAAAACUGUUGAGGUAGUGGCCUGAUAUGAUGAGUAGAGACAGGAGUUUUUCCUGAGCACUUUACCAGGAAAAACAUGCCGCCUUACUUCUAGGGGAUAACUUCAAAGCACAAUAGGGGAAAUAAAACUUGUAUUUUAUUGUGGACUUUGCUAUGCAUUUACUUCUAGGCAAUAAACUUCAAAGCAAACAGAAGAUCUGAAAAUUAUUUUAUUUGAUCUAGGGACAUUGUGGACUUUGCUAUGCAUUUGCUGCAGUCGGAGCCCUGGAGGGCCAGUUGUUUAAGCAGACAGGCAUAUUGUUGCCUCUGAGUGAGCAGAACCUGGUGGACUGCAGUGGAGACUAUGACAAUAACGGCUGUGACGGUGGCUUGGCCAUGAGGUGUUUUAGUUAUGUCUCAGAUCAUGGGAUUAUGUCGGAGAGGAAAUAUCCUUACACUGCAGAGGUACAAUACAAUAUGUUACCAUUAGGGUUGCAAAAUUCUGGUAACUUUCCCAAAAUUCUCAGGUUUUCCAGAAAUUCCAGUUGGAAGAUUCUUGGAAUCAGGAGGGAAUAACCAGGAAACCAGGAAUCCUCCAACUGGUAUUUCUGGAAAAAGUGGGAAUUUUGGAAAGUACAUAGAAUAGAUGAGUGAAAAGCUCACUGUAAAGCUUGAGAUGAUCAAAAAUAAACUGUUUUCAGGUGGGCCCUUGUAAAUACCAGAAUGCAACAAAGGAAGCCUGGUGCAAGGGCUUCAACAGAGUUCCUUCUCUGGAUGAAAAGACACUUUGUAUGAGGUCGGCCCUAUCGCUGUGUCUGUGAAUGCCAGACAUCCCUCCUUCAAACUCUACAAAGAUGGUGAGCUUGGUGUCACACUCCUAUGAUUAGAUGUGAACAAGUAUACAUGUACAUUCAUGUCAAGGGUACGCGCUCCAAAAAGAGGUCAUAGAUUAUCUCUUUUGAGAUUGUAGUAGUUUGACUUUACUGCAUGGACUCUUCUGCAAACGUGUUACUACAAUUUUAGGUGUGAACCAUUAAGCAACAUAUAAAUAAGAAGAGAAAACAGCCCUAGUCUUACCAAUACCAGGUCAUGUUUAACCUGCUAGUUUGAGGAGUACAAAGUGUCAUUGUUGACAAAGGUUUACAGCCCAGGUUGGUCAUACAGUGAAAGAACUCAUACUUUACACAUGGAGACACAUAACAAAAAUUACUUUGGAAACACUUUACUUAAAGCAUCCAGGCAUAACUUGUUAUAACCAUGUAUGAGUCUUUAUAAUGUCUUAUAUCAAGGCUUAUAUUAUGUCUUUCUAUGCAUACAUUUUCAACUGGUCAUUUAGCCCGUAUCACUAUGAAAUUAUUAUAAUGUUAAGGGGUCAUACAUCAUCAUGACAAGUCGUAAUGCAUUAUAACCGCAUAAUGCAUUAUAACUGGAUGCUUUACGUAAAGGGUUACUAUUACCUCUAUUAAAUUGUAAAUAAAUACAUAUGAAUUGCACAUUAACUUUUGUAGUGUUUCUUUAGGAGUCAUCUACCAGCCUGACUGUUCAACAAGAACCAACCAUGCUGUACUGGCUGUCGGGUAUGGUAGUUACCUGGACUACUGGAUUGUGAAAAACAGGUCAGUGUUUACUUUGACAGUAUAAAGUCAUCCAACAACUCAAUAUUAAUGACAUAGGGCAACCUUUUCGAUGCAGAAAAUACAGUAAAACUCAUCAUAAUCUGCCAGUGUGAUUUAAUUCGACACUUUUCUUCAGCAAUUUGUGUUAUAAAAAGGCCACCAUUUACGCAUUGCUCAGUUUACAAAAAAUCUAGUUAAAUAAUCCCCAUUUUAUAACGCACACUGUCGAAGAAAAGUUCAAAAUUAAAUUGUACUGCCAGGUUUUAAUGGAUUUUAAUUGUAUUCACACGUCAUGUACAUAUCUAAUGUAAAUGUACACACACUCGGUACUAAGUACUCUUUAAUUUCUCCAUUGGUUUUGCAGCUGGGGGACAGGUUGGGGAAGAGAUGGGUACAUUCUCAUAGCCAGAGGAUACAACCAGUGUGGUAUUGCCAAACACCCA